GCGGCACCUUGAUGGAUAGCUGAUGUGAACUGGCCACCCACACGACGGAGUUACACCUUAGUAUUAACCAUCUUUACAUUGUCAUCGACCAUCAUGGAACGAGUCAUUCUGUUACUCCUCACAAUUGCUGCUGUAGGCGUAUCCUCUUCUCGAGACUUGGACGAGGAAAUGCAGGUAGACUCCCAUGAUUGGACGAAAGGUCAUAGCACAGUGGGAGCGUGGAACUAUAUUCCAAGAGGUUGUAGUGGAAAACCAGCAGAUGUAUUCUUAGUGUUUGAUACGUCAAGUGAGGUAACCGUAAGGCAAUUAGCGUAUCAGAAGAAAUUUGCCGUCGAUUUGCUACGAGUAUUUUCUUUUGGCAAGGAAAACACUCGCAUGAGUGUUGUAACGUACAGUGAUAACGUCAUGCAAGUAUCAUCCUUCCAAGAUGGCACAACUAUACAGAAUGUUACCUUUACGAUAAUGAAUAGUGUUUCCUCGGAUACCACAGGUCCUUGUAAAGUCGACAAAGCACUACAGUACAUUGCUACAGAAGGUUUUUCUUAUUCUAACGCGAGGCGUGAGGUUGCUCAUCUGGCCAUUUUAUUUGUGAACAAUAGAAUAACGAACAAAAAAGAAGCGAAACGGUAUGCAAAUGAAGCGAAGAAUAAAGGAAUAUACCUGUAUACUAUAGGUCAGAGUUCAUCUAUCAGAAAGCAGCUCUCCUCCAUCUCUUCUCGUCCUGCUAGGGCGUUUGUAUUCAAUGACGGAGAUGAUACGCUUGUCGAGUCCCUGGCUGAUCUACUGAUGAUACAACUCUGUGAAUAUCAAAUUGAGCCUCCCGUGAACCCGCACACAUUCUACUACUGCGAUGUUAGCAGACCCGUUGAUUUGAUAUUUGUGGUAGACGAAAUUAGCAUAGGUGCUAGAAACACUCAGAAGAUUUUUCAUCUGAUAGAAUUUCUGGUGUCAAACAUGAAUAAUAACAGAGACGGGUUGAAGAUUGGUCUUGUAAAUAGUAAAAUAAACUACAAAACAGUUGGUAGAGGACUGAGUUCAGUGGAGGACUUCAGCAACAGACUAAGUACUGUAGCCAUCUCUGACCACGGUGAUAUCAUUAAACGGGCACGGCGCAUGCUCAGACGGGGACGAAUAAAUGUUCAAAAGACAAUCAUACAUUUUGUUGACAACAAUGUCGAUAUCACGAAACGUGCUCUGCUUGAAGCCAGGAAAAACAAGAGGUUUAAACUGGAGACGUUUGUGAUCGCUACGGGGCAAGGUUUAGACCUGCGUACUUUGGAAAAAAUUGCAAGCCAGCAUAGUUCUCACCAUGUCCUCCGUGUACAAGACUACCACAUGCUGGCCUCCAUAGGGCCAAACAUAUUAAAUACAGUUUGUACUUCAUGGUGAAAAGGCAGGAAGUGACGAGUUAAUCAAGAAUGCUUGAAAGCAUACUGGUUUUAAGCUACAAUGAAAGUGUGGACUGCAGUUAUAACUGCUUAAUUUGAGUAAAUAUGGGAGAUAAAAGCCGUCAUACGCCUGUACUGUUUCUGUAAUUAUUACUGUAUCAGUACUUCCUUGAUAUGUCUUUGAUGAAAAGUUUGUCUAUAAAGUAAGACAUUUUGACAGCAUGGAAUGUUCGACAGUAAAACUUUCGUUCUUAGCAAGUAUAUUGUAUUGUACCUACGAUAUGAAAACAACAUAUUUUGUCGUUUGUUAGUUAAUGACUUUAUUUAUGUAUCAGAAGUAGACUUAUAUUUGAUAUAGUUAAUAUUGUGCAGAAUGUGAAAUGAUUCAUGAUAUUUAAAAAAAGAUCAAGAAAGAUUUUAUUUCUAUGGAGACGACAGUCGACUUGUUAAGAUAUACACUGUAAUAUGUUAUAUUGGA